AGGUAUCGGCAAAGAAGCUGAGAUGAUCUAUCCAAUAGCAGUAAUUCUUGCUUUAUCAUCACUCGACACAGUGAAAUCAGAGAUACAAUGGAAAACAGUCCUGCUUGAUGCUAUGGGGUCACAAGGGCAAACAGCUAUUCCACACAGCUUCGAGAGAACUGCAAUACAGAUAAAAACUGACCUUAAUGAUUACAAAAAAAAUAAUAGAAAUGCAAAACUCAUCGUGGAUUUCUAUGCGGGAAAAGAAAAGCAAGGGGGGUUAAUCGUGAACCUUAUCCAGGAUCAACAAGAUACUUACAAGAUAAACAAUUGCCAGACCGGUCUUACCCCUUUUCCCGCGAACAUGCCCAGUACUGAAACUGCGAAAUUGUGGAGUAUUCUUGUCACCACAGGAGCACAACCGUCCAUUAAAGUCCAGGUCAACGGAGUGGAAGUGAUCAACUUACUCAUCUCAGACGAUACAUGUGCUUACUCAAACUGGAAAAAUUACUGGACAGAAGAGAUUGAUCUGCUGGGAUUUAACUCAUGGCAGGGAGGGUUUUCCGGUUACCAUCUAGAUUCAUGCUAUUGGGGCCAUUACUUGGAUGCUGAUGCUGAUUGCCAAGAGUGUCCUGCAGAUCAUUGGAGUGCAGACGCCGGCGAUACUGCCUGCACACCUUGUCCAGCAGGAACUCACGUGGGCGCAGGAUUGGGAUUAGCUGAAAGUGACUGCACAGAGAACGGAGACGAGACAGACGGAGACGAGACAGACGGAGACGAGACAAAGUCUGAACACAAAUACUCUCAAUCAGUUGCCCACAAAUUGAGCGCUCUUCUUGUCGUUCUCCUGUUUGCUUUGAACAUGACCAUCUAAACUUGUUGAGGCCUGCAUGAAUGGUUGAACUAUAAUGCAUGACGUUAGAAAAAUAUGAACUCAAACUUUUAAGCACGCGAUAUGAAUAUUCCAUAUAUAUAUUUCAUGUAUAUAUAGAGUGUAUGAACAUCAUAUGAUUAUAGUUCUGCAAAAGCACGCUCUAAAAUCUACAUGCUAAAAGUAAAAAAGUCAAGAUUCCACAUUUUUUUGUUUUCUUCUGUUUAGUAAGUUUCGAAUAAGAAAAUCGGUGUAGUAGUUUCCUUGUCACCAUGUAUCUAUUUAUAUACAUUAUGUUAAUGAGGAAUCAACUAUACAGCAUAAAUAUACUCAAUAUAUUCUGUAGAUAAUUGCAAGGCUUGUUUUUCAUUCGUUUUUUAG